CUAAUAUUUCGCGCGGCGGGUACCUAGCCAGCUACCUAGCGGGAGCAUAAAAGCCCCCUGAAUUGGUUGGCUGGGACACGGCUGGCGAUCAUGCCUGACAUGGAAACUUCAAGUUCAUUGUUCCAUCAUAUACCUACCUACCUCUUCCCCGGCCAUCCUCCCCCGCACAUCACAUGCACCUCUGGCCAACUUUGGGUCCUCGGAAUGCCAACCAUCCCUUUGAAUCUGGCAGGUAUCACAAGUUGUUCAUCUAUUCCCAUCCCACGUCGUCAACGACUCCCCGCUCGUUUCAUGUUGAGGUUGGCGCUUCCUGUUGCUGCUGCCACGCAAGCAACGUUCCUCACUUCCGCUUGAGGUCAUCCCCACGAUAGGGAACCACGGGACCAGUGGGCACGACGGGUGGCUAGGUGUAGGAUUAUCAUCUUGUCUUUGAGACAUUCCUAAAUUCAUCGCCGAUCAUUGUCUUGACUGUAGUUAUAUGCCUCGACCUCGGCACUUGAGCAGCCAUAGUAGUAUCUUGGCCAGAAGCAACUGAAGUGGCUUGACAAACAGCAGCAAGACAUGGCGCAAUCGCCCGUGACCCCCGUCGGCUCAAGUCUAGGACUUGGGGACGAUAAAAGCUUUUCAAAGGCCGGAGUGUCAAGCGAUCCAGGCGAUGGCGAGGUCAGCGACCGUCUUGACGUUGACGCCAGCCAUAGCGAGGAUGGCGACCACUCUAACGGACUGUACGCCCAUCGCGAGAUGUCCUUGACCGCAGAGGAAAGGAAAGCCGAAAAGAGGUUCCUUCUCAAGAUUGACUUUAUUAUCUUACCUUUAAUUGCAUCCAUAUACUUUCUCGCUGCGCUGGAUCGAAGCGAUGUUGGCAAUGCGGCCGUGGCCGGCAUGACAGCCGAUCUGAACUUGACCGCCGCAGAGCUCAGUUUCUGCGUGGCCUUCUUCUACAUUGGUUUCUUGGCCUUCCAGCUUCCCGGCUCCAUCAUGGUCAGGCUGUUGACGCCCCCUAUCCAACUGGGCACUGCAUUGGUCAUCUGGGGCGGUGCCACCGCAAUCAUGACAGAAGCAAACAACUGGCAAACCAUCGCCGGUCUCCGCAUAGUAGUCGGUUGCUUCGAAGCAUUCAUCCAAGGCGCCCCGCUGUACCUUACUUUUUGGUACAAGCCCCACGAGCUCGCCACCCGCGGCGCAAUCUUCAUGUCCAUGACGAGCCUGGCCGGGAGCAUGAAUGGCUUGAUAGCGUAUUCCAUUCAGACGACCAUGGAGGGUGCCCACGGUCGGAGGGCCUGGCGGUGGAUUUUCCUUAUCGAGGGUGUGGCGUCUGUUGGGUUUGGGGUGCUCAUCUUUUUCAUCCUGCCCAACACGCCGGAGAAGGUGAAGAGGUGGUUUACCGAGGAGGAGAAGAAGAUUGCGCUGAGGAGGACGAAGGAGGCGUAUAAUAUCCCGAACACGAAGAUUAGUUUGGGGCAGCUGAAGGCGACGGUUAGGGAUCCGAAGACGUGGUUUUAUUGUGUCAUCAACCUCGCCGCUGCCAUCAGUCAAGCAGCAUGGGGCCAGUUCUUGCCUGUGCUGCUCAACCUCAACGGGUACACCUCCAACGAAGCCCAAAUCAUGUCCAUUCCUGUCUAUGUCUGCGCGGGAGUGUCGGCAAUUGCGUGCGGGUACCUUUCCGAUCGCUUCCGCAUGAGAGGCAUCUUUGUUAUCGUCGGGCUACUCGUUGCCGCGGCAGGAUGGCUUGUUCUCAUCCUCAGCAAGAACCAACCGCUCUCCUACGCGGGCACAUACUUUGUCGGCAUUGGGUCGUCACCAUGUGUGAUUGUUAUGUUGGCAUGGAUGAAUAACAAUGUCCUGGGCUACACGAAGAAAGCGGGAACACUAGCCAUAGUCAACAUGAUCGGCCACCUAGGCGCCAUCGGCGUUUCUUUCUCCUUCAAUAACAAGCCUGAUUACUACCUUGGGAAGUCACUGGCCAUGGGAUCAGCGCUCAUUGCGACCUGCACGACUAUUGUGUUCUUCUUUUACCUGGAUCGGCAAAACGCGCGGAAGCUGGCGAAUAAGGACACGGUGGAGGCACGGAUGCUGAGGCAGAAGACGGUGGAGGAGGUGUUUGAUGGACAUCCGGAUUUCAUUGGUCUUGUCAAUUUCUCUAGCGUCAGCCAAACCUCUCUCAUUCCGAUCUCGCAACGACACCACAACCGCUACCAAAUCGACUGCGGGAGUCUGGUUGUACCGCUCGAUUACACCGACCCAACCUCCAAUGAGACCCUCACGUUGUCUCUGCUGAGAAGCAAAGCCGUCUCCCCUAGCGCCACAGGAAACAAGAAGAGCAUGCUCUUCAACUUUGGCGGGCCAGGCUACCCGGCAAGAACUACCCUGGCAGAAAAUGCCGUUACUCUGCACAACAUGACUGGCGGAGAAUAUGACCUCGUCGCCUUUGAUCCACGCGGCACGGCCGACACCAUCACCUUCAGAUGCUAUGCCAAUCAGACCGAGCGUCUCGCAGCAACCGCUUCCCUCCCUAUCCUCGACCUUACCCCCGGCGCCAGCGCCCCCAACGCCUUCGCCGAAAACUACGCCAACGCCGUCGCCCUCUCCCAACGCUGCGCCGCCUACAACCUCGACCCAACCCUCCAAAAGAACGCCAACGUUCUCACCACCGGAAUGGUAGCCCGCGAUCUAAUGGCUGUAGUCGACUCCCUCCACACCUUCGAAGAAGAAGACGGUCUCCUCCACUACUGGGGCAUCUCCUAUGGCUCCCUCCUCGGCGCCACCGUCGCCGCACUCUUCCCAGACAGAAUGGAACGCCUCAUCCUCGACGGAAUAGUCAACGCAGAGAAUUACUACCACCACUUCGGCAUCGACAUCGACCAACUCCUCUCUUCCGACGACGCCUUCCGGGGUGUGCUAUCCGACUGCCUCAAAAUCGGCACCUCCCGCUGUGCCCUAGCCGACAUCAACUCCACCGCUCCCGAGCUAGAAGCCACGCUCCUCGCCAUGGUCGACCGCUACCAAUCCAACCCCGUCGCCGCGGCCGGCAAGGUAAUCAACGGGAAAUUCGUCAAAGAAAUCCUCAUAGUCAUCAUCAAAUACCCCACUGGCAUCGUCCCCCUAGCCACAGUCUACAUCCGCUCCCUCCUCGAAGGCAAAAACCUCGACGGGGUGGUGGCCUUCCACACGGCGCUCUACAACGCCGUCAGCAUGGGCGACAAUGACGCCUUGACGGGAAUAGCCUGCUCAGACAAGGUCAUCCGCGCCACUGGGCCCACGGAUCAGAAGUUGAUAGAUGACACGAAUCACAUGUUCAACUCGACAAAGAUAUUUGGCGGGUUGCUAGCCGGGAUCGCCAGCCAGUGCGCCGAGUGGCCUCUUGAGGGGAGGGGGAAGUACACGGAGCACUGGUUUGAUGAGGAAGGAAGGCCAAGGGUGAUUAAGACGAGGAAGCCGAUUUUGUUUGUCGGGAAUCGGUAUGAUCCUGUGACGCCGGUCAAGUCGGCGGUGGCCAUGUCAAGCGUUUUUGAGGGGAGCCGGGUGUUGGAACGGGAUGCGUUUGGGCAUGCGUCGAUGGCGCAGUGGUCGGAUUGCACGGCCGAGGUGUUUAGGGGGUAUUUUGGGGAGGAGAUGGUUCUGCCUGAGGACAAGAAGGUUUGUGAGGUUGAUGUUGGGGUGUUUGACGUUGGGGUAUUUCCUGGGUAAAGCUUCAGUACGUAGGUACCUAGCUCAACCAUACAUGAAAGCCUUGAGAGGCUCCUCUUCAAGCCCCGAGUCCCCUCGCUGGUCUUGUCAAAUGUCGAGAGAUUCUCCAACCA